CUCAGUCCUAAAUUUCUAUUGAAAAUUUUAAAAUGUUUACUUUAUUCUAUGUAGUAGUACUAUUCAGCUUGUUAUACGAAUAUGAAACAGGAAAGCCAAAGAAAAGCAUAGAUCAGACUGAAAAGAAAGAUAGGCAGUUAAAAAUUAUGUUUGCAAGACUUCAGGGAAGCGGUAAUCCUGAAGGUAAGUUAAUUUAUUGUAGUUGUUAAUCCCAUUUCAUAUUCUUAUAAAUUCUUCACAAAAGUGGUUUUUGUUCAGAUGUCAUUUUGCGAAAAAGAAUGAUCUAAGUAUAUGCAGACAGAAUCGUGAUAUCCUACCCGGAGGUUUGUGGAGAUUUAUUAUUUGAUUUCAGGUUAGAAUUCAUCAUGUACUGACAUCAGUUAGAAGAAAAUUGGAAGUCUGGAAGCACUGAACAGCUGUUUCGUUCUAGUAUGGGACUUCUCAACAGUGCGCACCAAUGACCCCCCCCCUCCAAUAGGGAUUGAAUCCAUGAUCUUCAGGUUCUGUAGUCAGCAAGUUACCUUUGAGCCACUGUGUCGGAAUGCAGUGGUCCAUAUUUCCUACUUCUGUCAGUUCAUUAUAUAGAGCAACCUACAUCCAAUGUCAUCGCUGAAUAACUGUCUUCAUGUUCGACUUGGUUGAUUUUACCGGUCACGACUUUUCAUUAGAACUUCGGGAAUCACCUCUCGAAGGUAGUCACUAAUUAGGGCUCAGUUAAUUCUGUCUGGAGGUUUGCGGGGGCUUAUCAAUUGAUUUUAGUUUGGAAUUCAUCAUGAGCUGACAGAAGUAGGAAAUGUGAACGAUUGGACUCCUACCCAGUGGCUCAAUGGUAAUGGGUGCGUUGUGCUGAGUCCCAUACUAGGACGAAACAGCUGUCCAGAGCCCCCAGGUUUCCAAUGUUCCUCCAACUGAUGUUAGUUCAUGGUGAAUUCCAACCUAGUAUCGAGGUAUGUUGGAGAGAAUUUCUAGACAUACUUCAAGUGAAUCCACAUCAUAACAAAUGGUUAACCAAUUAGGUCUAAUAAGUGUACCAGUCAGAAAAAUUCGUUUUCCGAUAAGAACUAGAGUACGUUGAAGAAAGGGUAGCUAUCGUAGGAUACUACCUGAGUGAAUAAUGCCGAAUAAUUUGAAACGCUAGUUUUUUAGAGUGACUUUAAACGUGCUGUUCACAAUGUGAUUGAAUUGAAAAGCCUCACAAAAUUGUAUUUCAACUCCAAUCUCGUUGAAUAUCUGCCAACAACCACAAAUUUCUCACAUAACCCCAAGCGAUAUUAUACAACUACAGUUGCGUGAAUGUCUACUUAAUCAUAUCUGUGAAGAAUGAGUUUUUUUUAAACUCUUUUUGAGGCUUAUGCACUCAAAAAUCCAACUGCUUAUCAGAUUCUCACUUUUUGAUGUGAAUUAUGAGAUUUCCAAACCAAAGUGAAUAAGUCAUAAAUUGUGAUCUAGAUAAACAAUUUGACAGAAUAGAUCCGCCAUAUUUCUAGGGUUCUUAUCAGUUAGUUGCCUACAACCAAAAUAAAUUAGGUAUCAAACUAUGCAUCAAUGUCUACAUACUUUAAUCAGUCUGAUAGAAAAUUAUCGGCUUGAAGACAAAAUAGCGUUGAUGAUGAGCAAUCAAAGUCAUAAGAAUUGACUGAUUGGAGUUACAAUAACUGACAGUAAAAACAAUAAGGUGAAAGUUGUAAAACAGAUCAAACACUAUAGAUUACUAGACUGAUAACGUCAAGCCAAUAAUCUGCAAAAAUAAUUAAGGUGUGUAGAGAUUUCUGUAUAUUUGGUUCGGUUGUAGGCUAAUUAACUUAUAGGGGCCCUCAAAAUAUGAUGCAGCCAUGCUGCUCUGCUAAAGGUUUUAUUCUUACUGGAUCUAAAUUUCAGGAAAUAUUCAAAAGGAUAUUGCAGAAAAUGAGAUCAGCGAAGAUAUCUUUUUUGGUGAUUUAGUUCUUUAUGGUUUUACAGUAGGAAUUCAUGCAUUCUUGUUUAAUUAUACUGAACACAGUUAAAGGAAAUUGUAUAAAUUGCGAUUGUACAGCUAUGGAGAAUUAAAUCGCUGCAAAGGACAUUUUCGCUAAAUUUCUCUUUUUCUCUAUUUAAAUUUAUCUAGAAAGAAAUUGUAUGGACUAAAAGUCCUGAUCUGCACGAGGCGAAGAGUGAUUUCAAGAGAGUAUGCUUAACAACUGAUAUUUUAUCCUACUCACUAAUAUGAGUAGACUGAAGCCAUCAAUACCAAUCACUUGAUUUCAAUGCACGGAUCUAGUUAAGACUCAUAACAAAGUGCUAUAUUUUGCCAUUUCAAUGCCUACUUGAAGCACUUUUGUAAAUAAAUAAGUCUUCACAAACCUACAAAUUAAAUGAAUAUUUAAGUGACAAAGUUGAAAAUACUUGAGUUGUAUCUUAGAAGAACCAGUUUUCAUUUGUCUCUUUACAUUUGAAAAAUUACAAUUUCUAUAAGAAAACUGUCAUAUGAAGUAUUUCAUUUGAUAGUGCUCACUCAAACACAGCUACUCUCAUUCACACAUAUUCAAGUCUUCUAGGGUCAUCUACAAACUGAAUGGUUCAAUGCUAACGUCUAUGAAUUUGACACUAAUCGGUGUGGAUUGAUGUCAUACAUAAACACACAAAUGCGUACGUAAGAUUUUUAUCAAUGCCACAGAUAUAUGCUUCGGGAAAAUUCAAAUAAACAAACAAACAAGGAUAAUCGGUGAAUAACAUUUACCAAUCACAGUGAAAAGCAGUCAGUCACUCUCAUUUGGCACAACAUUCCUGUUAAAUAAUAACCACUAAAAUGAUAAGACCGUAUAAGUGCUGGAAACGGUUACUUCUCUUUAUCACCAGGUAAGCGAAGGAUAUUGAAGUCUCAUGCUACAUAGAUUAUAUUUUGACUGUUGAAUCACUGGUUGAUAAUAUGAAAAUUUGAUUGAAUUUCUAUAGAGUUUCGUAUCUUUAAAUAGGUUCCAUCAGGCUGUCUUCUUUCACUCUAUUCAGUCUAUGGAGAAAAUAAAUAAACUAAAUAGUGAAUUUGAACAGGCUGAAAUCCAAAUAUGUUUUCCAAAAGUUUGAUUCUGAGCAACUUUGAACUGUCAUUUUUAUUUUGCAUGAUAAAAGUAUGCACCAGCAAAAUGUUAUGAUAAUGUAACCCAUAAGGAAUAGAAAAAUAACACUGGUUUAUCUGUUUACUCCUUUGCUCAAAUUUGUUGCUGCAUACCUAGCAGUCGUUCAAUUUCCUUGUCGAUUUCAGGUGAAUUUAAGCCAGAUCCGAAUGGUACAAUGCUAAGUAAAUUAUGAAUGUGGCCAAACGAUGACAAGCGUACAGUCCCAUUGGUAAAGAAUAGUAGAAACAAACACUGUGUAUUAACUUCAAACUUUUCUUAAUAAUAGAAUGACAGAAUAUAUUCUGUUACAGAUAUCUCAUUAAAGGAUUGAACAGCUUAUUCCACAAAUGAAACAUCCAGACCAAUCAGAUUAUUGAUGAAUGCAGAUUAUAUAAGUGGAUGGUUAUCAAAAAUGUAGUUUUCAAUCCAUAUAUCCUUAUAACACUUAAUUUAAUCUUAUCAUCCACUUAUAUGUGAUUUAUAUUUUGGAAAUAACUGCAUGUUCAGUGAAACCCAUUAUUGUGCAUUACCUCAAUCAUUGGGC